UUUCGUCCUUUCGAUUCUCUUACAACAUUUUCAUACCUCGGAGUUUCGGUGUACACCAAUCUGCCCGGCAUUAUCCCGGUAGACUGUUUUCUAUUGAUUGGAUUAUAUCUUCAAUCCGAGCACCUAGAUAAUGGCUUCAGAUAAACAUAAAAAAGUUCGACGGAUACACUCGACAUUCUCUCUGACCAACAUGAGCAAGGGUGGGCGGGCAGCCGUGGCCCGCAGCCGGAGUAUAGACCACCAGCUGGAUGAGGAGAGGGAGAGGCGGGAGAAGGAGGUUCAGAUCCUCAUCAUAGGGGGCCCUGGUGCCGGAAAGAGCACCUUCAUCAAACAGCUGCGCCUGCACUACGGGGACCAGUUCCCACAGUUUGAGAGGCGCUUGUUCCACGACCAGAUCCUGCAGAACGUCGCCAUGGGACUGGUCCACUUGAUAGAGCAUAUGGAACGGCUGGGGUUGCAGUUCGAAACCCCAGAAGUCCAGAAACUAGCAGCAGAAUUCCGAAAGAAACACCCGAGGAUCUCCAUUGUGACGCUGAUUAAAAAGUUCAAAGAAGAAAAUGAAAAGGCGGAGGAAAUAUGUCCAGUGACGACAAGAGCCGAGUUGACAAAGAGGUUGUCGUCCUUUGAUGUGUACAACCCGGAAGUGCCCAAUGUGGACGACAUGCACACCUUGUGGGCGGACCCCGCCAUGCAGCUGUGCUUCGAGAGGAGGAACAAGUUUGAGACGGACAAACUCACGCACAGCUCAGAGUAUUUCCUCCACCACAUUGGCCGGAUCUGUAGCGGCGACUACCUGGCCAGUGUCCAGGACAUUCUGCUGAUCCGCUGGCCAACACUGGGGGUUCAGGAGCACAAGUUCCUGGUGGACAGCCUGCUCUACAGAAUGAUUGACGUAGCGGGACAGAGAAGCCUGAGAAAAAAAUGGAUCCACUUCUUUGAUGAGGUGACUGCCGUCGCUUUUUUCGUCAACCUGGCCGCAUAUGACGAGUACCUGGAGGAGGACCCGUCCGUGAACAGCCUACAGGACAGCCUGCAGGCGUUCAUCGAGAUCAGCAACAGCCCGUUCCUGGACAAGACCGAGUUUAUUCUCUUCCUCAACAAGAAGGACAUCUUCGCCAGCAAAAUCAAGUCCACGCCCCUGUCUAUCUGCUUCCAGGAGUACAAAGGCUCCCAGUCACUAGAGGCCAGCCUGAAGCACGUGAAGGAGCAGUUCCUCCAGAACAAGCCGAGCCAGAAGCAGGUGUACACGCACGUGUCGUGCGCCAUCGACGUGCCCCACAUGAAGGACCUGCUUGCCUCCGUAAUCGACUGUAUCGCUGAGAUCAACCUCCGACGCUCAAAGAAUUAUUAACAUCACUUUUUGUUUUUUUAAAUACGGUUUUUUAAAUACUCGAUUACGUACGGCUAUGUCGUUGUUUUUUUUCAAUAAUCGAUACAUUGGGUGUUUUAAACGACUCUGAAUAUAUACAAAAAAAAUGGCAUGUUUAACGAUAAUGGAUAUUUGGCUUAAAUAAAUUGCCAAUUUAAAACAUUAUAUUGUUCAUUGAACUCAUUAUUCUGUUAUUGUAUUGAAAUAUACUGCAAAAAUAAAAGGUGUAAUUUUUAAAUCGCAAUUUUAUCAACGGAAGGCAGAAACACUAGGGGUGAUUGGGGGUGUUUGAGGUGUCAUUCGAUUGUGCUGUCCUGGCUGCUUACGGUUUAUUAUGUGCUCAUUAAGGUCAUUGGUGUGCAUAAUAACUAUGAUUUGCAUAUUUUAUAAAUUAAAAAAUCGAUGAAUGACGAUAAACUGUGGUGAAAAUCCCUAAAUGUUCAAAUAAUUGA